AUGCCUGAAGUAAACAUGGAUAUUAAAAAACGUAUUCCAAUUGUUGUUAUGUGUACAACGAUUGUUCUUAAAUUAAUAACUUGGAUUGCUAUUAAUUUUUUAUCAGAUCUUACAAAAAUUGAUAUUGUAAAAGCAUUUCAUUGUGGUACAGAUCUUCUUGUCGAAGUCAAUAUUGGUUUAUCAGGUAAUUUGCGAAUUCAACAAGCACAUGAUAUUGGUACAAAUUUACAAGUGAAACUUGAGUCAUUGUCUGAAAGUGAACGUGCUUUUGUUUAUAUUGAUUAUAAAUUUCAUCAUAAGGUUGAUGAACAUAAAACAAAUUUAACGAUGUAUUGA